GGGAGGGGCUGGUCCUCACGCUGGGCUUCUGUCUGCAGCUCCGUUCAGCUUCCUGCCCGCUGCUGCUGCUGCUGCUACAAACGGAGGAUCAUGUGCCUCUCUCUCCGGCUGUGUGAGGGCAGAGCACCAGGAAGUCACUCUCUGUUUCCUCUCCUCCUCUUCCACCUGACAGCCCGUCUCACCUCCAUCUUUCCUCCGCGGAUGUCAGCGCUCUGAGAGCCGAGAGAGAAGAGAGAGCCCCCCAUCUCCUUCCUCCUCCUCCUCCUGCCGCCGGAGAGAGCAGCUCAUGGAGGCCCCGGUGGAGGAGAAUGAGCCGUCCGUCGAACAGUCCCUGCCUCUGCCCACCCUGCGCCCGGCUGUGCCCCCUUACGUCACCCUGGGCCUGACUGUCGCCUACACCGUCUUCUACUCCGUCCUCUUCAUCUUCGUGUACGCGCAGCUGUGGCUCGUCCUCCGGUACCGACACAAGCGGCUCAGUUAUCAGACCGUGUUCCUGUCGCUGUGCCUGCUGUGGUCGGCCCUCCGCACCCUCCUCUUCUCCUUCUACUUCAGGAACUUCGUGACAGCCAACACUCUGGCUCCCUUCCCCUUCUGGCUGCUCUACUGCCUCCCUGUGUGCCUGCAGUUCUUCACCCUGAGCCUCAUGAACCUUUACUUUGCACAGGUUGUUUUCAAGGCCAAGUCCAAAUAUGCACCUGAGCUCCUGAGAUACAGGCUGCCUCUGUACCUGGUCUUCCUCUUCCUCAGUCUGCUCUUCCUGGUGGUGAACUUGGUGUGCGCUCUGCUGGUGAAGACGUCGUCUGCAGACGUUCACGCCAUAGUGCUGGUCAGGGUGACCAUCAACGACACGCUCUUCGUCCUGUGCGCCAUCUCGCUCUCAGUGUGUCUCUACAAGAUUGCCAAGAUGUCCCUCGCCAACAUUUACCUGGAAUCCAAGGGGACGUCAGUGUGUCAGGUGACCGCCAUCGGAGUCACCGUCAUCCUCCUGUACGCGUCACGAGCGUGUUACAACCUGCUCGUCCUCGCGCUCGCCAACAAGAGCAUCAACUCGUUUGACUACGACUGGUACAACGUGUCCGACCAGGCCGACCUGCAGUCGACUCUCGGGGACGCCGGCUACAUCGUGUUUGGCGUGGUCCUGUUUGUGUGGGAGCUCCUCCCCACGUCACUCGUCGUUUUCUUCUUCAGAGUUCGACAGCCGAACCAGGACCGGAGCGGCGCUGGUCUGCCCGGUCACGUCUUCUCUUCGAGGUCGUACUUCUUCGACAACCCGCGGCGCUACGACAGCGACGACGACUUGGCGUGGAGCGUCAUGCCUCAGAACAUCCAGGCCAGUCUGGCAGCCGACAGCUACGACUGGGGGAGUCAGAGCAGCGGGAUCAACGCCUACGUCGGGGGAGACGACGGUCACCUCCUUCCUGCCCCUCCAGAGCACCUGGGACAUUACUGACAGGUGUUCAGGAGACUCACCUGGGACGUUACUGACAGGUGUUCAGGAGACUCACCUGGGACAUUACUGACAGGUGUUCAGGAGACUCACCUGGGACAUUACUGACAGGUGUUCACGAGACUCACCUGGGACAUUACUGACAGGUGUUCACGAGACUCACCUGGGACGUUACUGACAGGUGUUCACGAGACUCACCUGGGACGUUACUGACAGGUGUUCACGAGACUCACCUGGGUCAGGUGCCUGCACCCGAUCAUUUAGAUUUUUACAAACAGAUGUGAACUCGCCGGCUUUAACUUUUUACCUGUAUAAAGAUUUUUAAUACUGCUCAUCAGAUGAUGUUUGAUGUAACGUCUUUUCAUACUGUUUUUAACUUCAUGAUCAAACUAAGCUGCACUAACUGUUUUAUUUCACACGUUGACUGAAGAAUAAACCGACCAAUCAGA